AGGAAUUGUAUUAUCAUUUCAGUUUUGGAAUAAAAGUAGGAUAUUUCAAGGAUGAAAUUUGGCAGGAUCAAGAACUUAUUCUAUAGAUCACAGUUCUACUCCAAAAUUAAUGAAAAGAGAAAAUGGUAUUUAAUUGUUAAAAUCAACAAAAGGAAAACAAACAAAAACAAAGUUGAUUGCAAUAAAAAUCAAAAAUGGAUGUGUUUUUGGAAGAGUAUGAAAGUUUUUAUGAAGCAGAACGGGUAAGCAAUUGGAUUUGGGUAAGAUAGGUAGAUGAAAAUUAAAAAAGUGUAUGUUGAAUGAGUUUUAUAUGAAGGUUAAUGGUUUGAUGAUAUGGCAAAUGGUCUUUGAGAUUAUAUUGAUAGUGGUUAUUAAAUUAGAUAUAAAUUAGAUAGAGCAAGAUAUGAAGAUAUGAAGGAGGAGAUUGGGAAAAUAUAUUUAUAAUAUUUUUAAGGAGUAGGAGUGUGACC